CAUCGCAGCAUCUGACUCGGACUAGCUCAGUGCUUCGAUGCCGCACUCAAUACGGAGUCGAGGGGUAUUGCAUUCCGGACAGCUAAGAAAUAAAAGUACCCGAAGGACUUAACCCACGGCGAGAUGAUUGACCUCGCCUGUCACCAUCGGGGACAUGCCAUAGGUUGGCCGGUGCUUGUGGAACAGGGGCCCUGACCCCUCACCGAGCAGCGGGGCUUAUACCGAGCCUUAUCAUCCGGCUCACUUCGGAGCUGUCUGACAGCUGAUUUCUCCCCAUCAACACAGCUCUUGACUACACUCAGCAGCUCUAGCUCAUCAAAGCAACCAUGUCCGGAUUUCCUACUCUCCAGCCCGCCUUUACCUUUAAGGUCACGAUCGAUGCCCCUCUCGGUGUCGGCAGUGCCUCUCGGCAGAAUAAUCUGCAGGUCGUCCCCAUGACCGGUGGCACGGUCAAAAGCGAGCCUGGAUUCUCCCCUGCCCUGGAUGCGGAAUUCGUGGGUAUCGGCAAUGACUACAUCCAUGCGGAUGCUGAUGGCAAGCACUUGCGGCUGGAUGCUCAUGGCGUUAUCAAGCCCAAGGAUGGAGAGGAUCUCAUCUACCUGAAUUACACUGGUAUUUGCACGUUGAUGCCCGAAGUCAUUGCCGUCUUUGCUGGAGAGUCUCCGAACGGCUCGACUCCAUUCAACACUGCCUUUACCCACAUUACCUUCGAGACCGGCAGCGAGCGCUACAAGGAACUGGAGCACCGCGUGUUUGUCGCCCAGGGCCGCUUCAACGUCGAAAAGGGCAAGCCCACCGUCGUAGAGUACCACGUCAGCCAGGUCGUCCAGGGCUAACCUACUACCUACCUACUUUGCUCGAUACUAGGUAAUAAGCCCGUAGCAGCAACAACAAUGACAAGACCCCGCUUGACAAUCAAAUUCAUCUCCCAUACGGAGUACAGUAACAUCAUAUCCAUACAUCCAUCAUAACUCAUAAU